CCCGUCGCUCACUGUUUCACACUAUCUUUAUUAAAUUCUUGAAACCCUUUCUCUCCGAUUAAGCGCUUAAUCCGUAAGUCCAAUGGAGCAAGAUCGAGGACGCAGGGGACCUCAGAGAAUUGUAAACAGAAACAAUAAGAUUUAUCUGGAACUGAGUGACAUAAUUAGGGAGGACGCCCUUAAAUUUCUUCCUGCCAAAUCGCUUUACAGGUUCCAAGGGGUUUGUAGGGAAUGGAGGCGCAAGAUAGUCUCCCCUUUUUUUACUCACAGCCAGUCAAAUACCUUUUGUGACAUCUCGGGCUUCUUCUUGCAAUCUGGAUCAAAACCGCCGUCAUUUAUUUCCCUUGAUAAGAAUGCAUAUGGUGUUCCAGACCCAUCUCUGAGUUUCUUGCCCGAGCCAGUUGACAUCAGGGCCUCUUCUAAUGGGCUGGUUUGCUGUCGAGGUUGCCGUGGGGACAAGCGUUACUACAUCUGCAAUCCUGUUACCAAACGAUGGAAGGAGCUCCCUAAACCAAAUUGUGAUCAUGGUUCUGACCCUGCAGUUGUACUCAUCUUUGAACCGUCUUUGCUCAACUUUGCGGCGGAAUACAAGCUUAUCUGUGCUUUCCCUUCCGUUAAUUUUGGCGAAGGAUAUGAGUUUGAGAUGUAUACCUCACACGAUGGAACUUGGAAAUAUUUAGAUGAAAUUUACUUUGGCAGUAUAAAGCUCUUGCCAAUGUCGGGUGUUUAUGUGAAUGGCAGCAUCUAUUGGAAGGGAACACACGGUGAACUUCUUCUGUUUGAUCUCACAAUUGAGCGCACCCGAGUCCUAUAUUGUCUCUGCCAUACCUUGGGAGUGAUGGAUGAAAAGCUUUGUUCAACCGGGAUUCGUUAUCAGGCGCUAACUGUGUCUGAGUUUUCCAACGCUUACACAAACACGAUGCUGAUGAACAGCGGAGCCAGGACUUGGGAAGAGAAACAUCAUAUUAAUCUCGGCCCUUCAUUUCUACCUUCUGGUGGUAGAGCAGGCGAUAUUAAUAGAGCUGGGAAUGUGCUUUUUGCUAGUGGAAAUUGGGUGUUGUUUAAGAAUGGGGUACAACUUUGUGCAUACGACAUGACAACCAAAGAGGUCAAGCGCUUGCGUGAUGAGGUCGAGCUUGAUAUCAGAAUUGCGUCGUACGUGAACAGCCUUGUCGAGAUCUAGUUUCUAUCUAACCAUGAAAGGAGGCACUGCGCAGUUUAUUAGGUAUUAGUGAUGGUUCCAAAGUACUUAUCCAAACACUUUUUUUUUUUUUUUUUUUUUCCCAAUGUGCGACAAUUUCGUUUUAUGGACCUUCACUGGACCUCUGCAUAUGGUUGUAUAUGGAUGUAUGUUUACUUAAUGGUGGUUUCGCAAAUAUAUAUAUACACACACAUACAUACAUACAUAUUUCGCUGAGCUGAAUGUUAUGAUAUUGCAAUGACUAGGCUG